AUGACAGACGUCGAAAACGCUCUCCCCGUAGCCGAACGAGCAGACCUGCGCCGCUCAAUCGCAUCCACAAAUGACGCCUUCAUCAAGGCGAUUCCAAAAGUCGAACUGCACAUCCACAUCGAAGGCAUCAUAAGUGCAGAUCUGAAAUGGAAGUUCUCACAACGGAAUGGUCAGACUAUCAUCAAUCCCCGAACUGGUCAACCAUUCACUUCACUUGAUGAAUUGCGAGACUCGCACGAUACGUUGAAACCACGUAAAGGAAAUCGAAUGGAUAACACAGAAGAGACGCUCUCGUUCUUCGAGGCGUAUUACGGCGGUUUCGAAGUACUGAAGACGCAGCAGGAUUACUACGAUCUCGCUAUGGCGUACUAUGGGCGUGCUGAUGAAAUGAAUGUGCGGUAUGCGGAGAUUUUCUUCGAUCCGCAGGGGCAUACGCGUGUAGGCACGAGUUGGGAGACGAUGAUGCAAGGGUUUCGGGAGGCGACGUGGGAUGCUGAGCAGAUUCUUAAUGUCAAGUCCAAAUGGAUCAUGUGUUUCCUACGUGACGAAUCACCAGAGUCUGCAAUGCAGCAUUACGAAGCGGCGCUUCCGUACCGCGACAUAAUCGUUGGUAUUGGGCUUGAUUCGAAUGAGGUGGGCAGGCCGGCUGAGCUGUUUGAUGAGGUCUUUGUGAGAGCAAGAAAGGAUGGGUUUCGGAUUACUGCGCAUUGUGAUGUUGGGAAGCCGUAUCCUCUCGAACAUAUCCGCCAGGUAGCAUGCAGUAUUGCAGGCACAGGGGCGGAUCGUAUCGACCAUGGGCUGAAUGCUGCUGGUGAUGCCGAGCUUAUGGCGCUGAUCAACGAGAAGGGGCUUGGUAUGACGAUCUGUCCUUGGAGUUAUAUUCGGCAUCAACCGAUGGACGACGUUUUUGGACGUAUUCGCGCUCUGUUCGACGCCGGUAUCACGAUAAGUAUCGCGAGCGACGAUCCAGCGUUUAUGGAGGAUACGUGGGUGCGGGAGAAUCUGCUCGUGGUGAAGAGGUACUGCGACUUUACCAAUUUGGAGAUUCGGAAGUUGGCGGAGAACGCUAUUAAGAUGAGUUGGGUGAAGGAAGAAGUGAAAAGCCGUUUAUUGGAGUUGUUGUACGGCAUCGAUCCAGAUACAUAG